UCCGGACUAGUAUGCGGGCGUCCUCCAAGGGGAGAACAUCAUCAUCACUCGGUGCCGUUUUCUUUCUCGAACAAAAAAAGACUAUCUUAUUUAACACCGCAUACUCAUUCUUUUUUUCUUUCUUUCUUUUUCGUCUCUCCAGGUGUUUUGUGGCGUGCAGAUCUUUACUGGAAACGGCCGAGCAACAACUAUAUAGACGACCUAACUGAAGAAAUGGCUUUCAUUUCAUGUUAAUUAUGUUACUUUCACAGAACGAGUUACUGGAAAGGUUAAAGUAACAUAAAAGAGAGCGGAAGAUGUUAAAGUAACAUAAAAGAGAGCGGAAGAUGUUAAAGUAACAUAAAAGAGAGCGGAAGAUGUUAAAGUAACAUAAAAGAGAGCUGAAGAUGUUAAAGUAACAUAAAAGAGAGCGGAAGAUGUUAAAGUAACAUAAAAGAGAGCUGAAAGGUUAAAGUAACAUAAAAGAGAGCUGAAGAUGUUAAAGUAACAUAAAAGAGAGCGGAAGAUGUUAAAGUAACAUAAAAGAGAGCUGAAGAUGUUAAAGUAACAAAAGAGAGCUGAAGAGGUUAAAGUAACAUAUAAAAGAGAGCUGGAAAAGUUAAAGUAACAUAAAAGAGAGCUGAAGAGGUUAAAGUAACAUAAAGAAGAACUAAAGAUUAAAGUAACAUAAAAGAGAGAUCUCGCUUGGAAGAUUUACACCUGAUCUUUCAGUUUUGGGGGAAGAAUUUUGAGUCACUAGUUUUUAUGAUGAACGCAAGCGCCUCCGCAGCCAUGUCCGUCCGCUGGAAAAAUCCGCCGGAUUACACUGACAGCGAGGACGAAAAUGAGGAGACUGGCAUUGGAAGCUACAGGGAGUACGAGGAAACGUUGAUGUAUGGUCGCUACACCAAGAGCCUGGGACAGUACGCGAGAGAAGAAGCCGAAAAACUCCACAGGGAAGAGGCAGCCGCUGAUGAAGCAGCGGGCCUGAAGCCCUACAGAGGCAGAGUCGCGACGAAGUGUUUCGGCGUCCUGAGCGCCUUCUGGCGUCACACCUUCGGGAGAGGAGGGGAGGAGUGGCUCUUCCUCAUAACCCUGGGCGUCCUCAUGGCCCUCGUGUCCUUCGUCAUGGACUACGGCAUCUAUGCGUGUCUCAAUGCUCGUAUGUGGCUCUACAGAGACUUGACCGACCACGUAGCUCUCAAAUAUCUGGCUUGGAUCUCCUUCCCAGUGUGUCUCGUCCUGUUUUCGGCCGGUAUCGUUCACCUAAUCUCGCCUCAGGCUGCUGGUUCUGGCAUCCCGGAGAUGAAGACCAUUUUACGCGGCGUCGUCCUGAAGGAGUACCUGACAUUUAGGACCCUGGUAGCCAAACUUAUAGGUCUGACCGCGACCCUUGGUGCCAACAUGCCUCUUGGCAAAGAGGGUCCCUUCGUGCACGUGGGCAGCAUCGUGGCUAUGCUGAUGUCGAAGGGCUUGGCGGCUUUCAAAGGAGUACAGGAGAACGAAUCGCGGACAACUGAUAUGUUGAUUGCCGGUUGUGCAGUGGGAGUCGCUUGUUCGUUUGCCUCGCCAAUUGGUGGAGUGUUGCUCAGCAUAGAGGUCACCAGCGUGUAUUUUGUGGUCGGGAACUUCUGGCGGGGAUUCUUCGCCGCAAUCUGUAGCGCCAUGAUGUUCCGCCUUCUCGCGGUGUGGACCCACGAGGAAGAGACCUUGACUGCGCUGUACAACACUGACUACAAGGUCGACUACAAGUUCGAUCCUCAGGAGCUGUUCGCCUUUGCUUUGGUUGGAAUAUUGAGUGGAUUCGUUGGGGCCCUCUUUGUCUUUACCCAUCGUUGCUACGUGAUGUUCAUGCGCAAGAACAAGAAGAUGAAGGCCUUUCUCCAGAAGAGCCGUCUGCUGUAUCCCUUUGUUGUAUCGCUCAUCAUCUCGACGGCCAACUUCCCCUGCGGGACUGGGCAGUUCAUGGCUGGACACCUGGACACCCAUCAUCAGUUCAAGGACUUAUUCAGCAACAUCACCUGGACGAAAGAAGUCCACUCGGUCAAGGAAUUCGAGGUCGUGGAUAACUGGAGGUCGCCUCUUGGGGGAGGCGUGGUCGUCACCCUGGUUGGCUACGUGAUUUACAAUUUCUUUGGUACCAUCAUUGCCAGUACCCUGCCAAUCCCACUAGGUCUCUUCAUACCCGUCUUCAAAGUGGGCGCUGGACUGGGCAGAUUGAUAGGGGAGGGCAUGGCUUGCCUGUUUCCCAAUGGCAUGCGUUACGGAGGGUCUAAUCACGUCAUCAUACCUGGUGGAUACGCCAUUGUGGGAGCUGCUGCAUUGGGGGGCGCCGUCACCCACACUAUAUCGACUGCCGUUAUAUUGUGUGAACUGACAGGGCAGAUCACUCAUGUCCUCCCAGUGAUGCUUGCUGUUAUAAUUGCCAACGCAAUCGCAAAGUUGCUGCAGCCGUCGAUCUACGACAACAUCACUAAAAUCAAGAAGCUACCGUACCUCCCUGACAUCCUCACCGCUACUUUCGGGGCUUACGACAUCUUCGUAGAAGACUUCAUGAUUCAGGACGUCAGUUACGUAUGGCACGGCAUCACCUUCGGACAACUGAGAGACAUUUUGAACCAGCACAAGAGAAUCCGAGCUCUGCCUCUCGUUGACUCUCCAGAUUCAAUGAUUCUCCUCGGGUCGAUAACACGAUCGGAGCUCAAUACGCUCAUUGAACAAAUCCUCGGAAGAGACCGUAGACAGCGAGUCUUCAACAGGCUGAGACUAGCCUCCCAGAAAGCCCUGGAAGCUGAACAGUUGGAAAUAGAAGCGGAGAAUGCCAAAGCAGAAGCAGAAAAAAUGAAUAGCCUGCCAGUGGUGACGGGAACAGAAGGGGAUGAGUCUCCAGAUAUUUCUCCGGCGCCAACGCCAGCUUCAACAGUGCCCACAACCAGUGCAGCUGUAGAAUCCCUCACUACCACAACCAGUGCAGCUGUAGAAUCACUCACUACCACAACCAGUGCAUCUGGGGAAUCCCUCACUACAAGUGGCAUCCCUGAAGGUGUAGACCUAUCACAAAGGAGACCAUCUAGGUUUGAGGUUGUCAAAAUAGACACGCCAGCCAAACAACGAUCCACUGUAUCUUUAGAAAUGGAUCUGGAGGGUCCAGUACAACCAGGAUCACCUUCGCAUAGACCAGUUGACGCAGCAUUGAGGUCUCUCCUGCCGAAGUCCAUCUUGAAGAAAACGAGCAGUGUCAUCCUCCAGCCAGUUCCUCCUUCACCGACGGCGUUCUCUCGACAUGAACAGUAUGCCACUGUGCACGCUGGGGAUUCCAGACUGAAACAAGCUUUCGACGCAGUUGUGAAAAAAUCCAGUUUACUGAGGAUGGAUGACAGAGGCAGCCAGAAUCUCGAUUCGCCAACAAAAGUACCUUUUCCUGUAGCUCGGAUGAUUGAGAUGACCUUGGAGGAGCAGAAAAGAUGGGAGGAGGAAGAACUCAACAGAGAGGUCGACUUUGGUCAGUGCCACAUUGACCCUGCCCCCUUCCAGCUGGUUGAGAGGACUUCUCUCGCCAAAGUUCAUUCCAUUUUUGCAAUGUUGCGCCUCAACCACGCCUACGUCACUACAUUAGGUAGACUAAUUGGAGUCGUGGCCUUAAAAGAGCUGCGAAAAGCCAUCGAAGAGGCGAAUUCCGGAGACUUCCCUAAGCCCGAACCACCGCCACCAACGGGCGUGGCGACAGACGAAGCCAGGGAGCCUCUGAACAGGCCAGCUGCAAACGAGGAGAAGGACUGAAACUAAUUGCAAGUGUAAUUAUUGGAGUCAGUGUCAACAGAGUAAUAAAACAAUACUUUUAAAAAAUGCAUUGGAAUCAGUGUUUGCAGAGUAAUCAAAACAAUACUUUUUAAAAAUGCAUUGGAGUCUACAGAGUAAUCAAGAAAAAAAUACUUUAAUACUUUUAAAAAAUGCAUAUGUUGCACAUUAAUUACCAGGCGACUUAAUGCUAAGUAGGACGUUUGUAAAUAGUACUAUUUAAUAUUUAAAAUUUCUGAGAUUUUUCUCUGAAGGAGUUCUGCUGGAUUUGUGUUAAGUGUUUUGUAAAGUUCUAGAAUUAGUACUGUGGUCCCUUUUGUCUUGGCAAAACUAGCAUGCAAUAAAGUGUCAUGUGGUGUCAUCAGCAUGCAAUUUGCAUCGAAAACAAGGUGAUCUGCUGUAAUGGAAUGGUUCUAAUUCUACAGCUGACUAUACUCUGUUUUUUUUUCCAUCUGUCCAUUCGCCUGUGGUUUUGCGCAGUGUAUCUAUUUCGAAUAUUAACGGUGUAAUUCGCAUACAGUAAAUUAUUAAAACACUUUUCAGUUGCAAACGUACACCCAGAUAUCCUUUUAUUUACCUAAAACUUACACAUAGCGUAACUAUUUAGAGCCCGGAAACACUACAGGCGGAUGUACAGAUAAAAAAAAAAAACAGAGUAUAGAAUGAUUAUAUUUUCAAUUUUUUUAUCACUUUGCUUAUAUGACUGCCCUUCACAUCAUGUUUAGUGACAGGUUAAGUAUAAUUUUUGAUGUUGUGCCUAUUUUACACCAAUGAAAUGUACGUUACCGUGUUGAGACAGCAGUAUGGUAAAUCAAAGUUGGCCAAGACUUCAUCAUUGUUUUACUGUGAAUGUCAGUCUUCACUUUAUUUUAUUUUAUUUUUAAACUAAUGCAACUUUGUAUUCAGAAAGUUCCAAAAAAAUGGCCAACAUGCUUUUUAAUCACUGAACUUAUGCAGCUUAAAUUUUUAGUUGUAAUUUUCUCUUUGUGAUUCCUGUUGCAACUUUGACGUACGUUGCAACAUGAGGACAUAAAAUUGCUACUAACAAUUUUGAUUAUGUAUAUAUAUACAUACAUAGAUAUGCAUAUAUAUUAUUAUAUAUAUACGUACACACACACAUACACACACACACACACUCAUAUAUAUAUAUAUAUAUAUAUAUAUAUAUAUAUAUAUAUAUAUAUACACACACACACACACACAUAUAUAUAUAUAUAUAUAUACAUGCGCGUACCCGUGUGCCCCGACAAUGCCCGAAUAAAAAUCUUGCAAAAGCGCUUAGUACGGAUCUCCUGUCUGUUAUUUUCCUGUGGUUUUCGCUUAUCCUAAAUCACGUGCAUCUCCUGUGAUUUUUUUCUGGGCAUAAUUGGAACCACGCGCAACUGGAACAUCACUUGAUCAACGGUUCAAACAGCAUCAAUACUUCGUGAGAACUGGCCAGAUAUCGAAUGCAUUACUUAAGCGUACGAGAGAUUCAAAUCGUCCUGUCAACUGGGGUGAAGCAACAAGGUCCACAGUUCCGCAAAUCGUCCUGUCAGCUGACGUGAAAUAAGGUCCACAGUUCCGUGCAACGAAUCGGUUGAAAGGAAUGUUACUGAAUCUUGCUUCAUCAAGUCAAACACUGGCUAUUGGAAUAAAAAAAACAAAAACAAAAACAAAGAUGGAAUACACAUGUAUAAUUAUAUGGAAGAGCACAGACGAGCCAGUAAAAAUGGACGACACUAUGGACCCUCUUAUACACGAUUCUUGGCCAAGUAUGGUUUCGAGGCAUGGCAACGAAGCUGUGCUCGGAAACUGUUCGUGUAGACAAAAGCGCCAAUACAAUUCCCGGCCAGCUACGUCUAAAGAGUGAGCUGACUAUUUGCGUGCUCACCAGCCUCAUGCUACGCUACCAUACUGCUCUAAAGCGUUCCCCAAAACCAUACUUGUCCUCUGAAAGAGUGGAUACGAUGUGGCUACCAGUUCUGGUUCUGUUACACCAUUAUACAAACUGAAUACUAUCAGCUGGCAACUAAAUGGCUGACCACUUUGAUGCCAGCUACUUAAAAGUGCCCCGUGUGUGUGGUUAGUUUAAGGUUUGGUCGGUUUCAGCUUGAUGCUUUCAUAAUUUUUAGAUGAAAAGGUUGUUGACAAAUAUAAGCAGAGAUUAGAAUUCAGGGUUAUACACGGCUGGGAAAUAGUAUGGUCAUAAAAAACUCUCAAGUUAAAGUUCGAUAACUCACUAUACAAGAACUGUUCUCGAGCCAUUCCAAUGAGGUUGAGAGCAAAAAGGUUUAUUUGAAGAUGUAGCAAGAGGAAAACCUUUAACAGUUGCACUAUGAAAUAAUUGUUAGCAGAGAAUUGAGUAAAGUAAGAUGGAAGGAAGAAAAUAUAAACUGAUGUAGUACAGUAACGGAAUGAAAAGGGUUGCAGCUAUUUGGCAAGGCGCUAUUUGCUGAAGAAAUGCACAAGACAAAAGUUUCAUGGAAUAUAGCGUUCUAAGUCCAAUAUUGUCGGGAAUCUUGUGCACAAGAAGUAGAUAAGCCCUGUGGGAGGGUAGUGCCGAUAGUUACCUCGCGCAGUGCACUGUGGGCAUCAUUAUUUUGAAAGUGCAGGGGCAUAUUGUAACUGGUAGAGACAAGGGUGGGUCUACCUGAGCCGAUAAUUACACCAAUAUUAUUAAUAUCAUAUGUACGAGAUGAACCCAAAUCGUAUGGUACAAGCCUACCAAAGGGACCAUUAACUUGAAAUUCAAGUUUCCUAAAUAUGUGGUGCUUAUUAAGAAUUAAGAGGAGGUACAGAGAAAUACAGAAAGAAGAGAUCUCACUUAUUAAAAAGAAAAAAUAAAUGAAUAAGCUUUGGCAUAUAGGGGUUUGAAGACAGCACUUGGCAGCGCCAGUGACAGCUGCUGGUUAGACUGUCGAACGUUCUGUGAGAGGCUGUCGAACCCGUGGGCCAUGGCAGACUAAACCUGCGCCGACUUCCCCCGUCGAGUCGUCGACUAGCGAAGCGAUAUGAAGGUUACAAUAUGACACUAGUACUAGUGCUCUCCGCAAACAAAGAACGGAGGAAUGUACAGGUGGUCGUCGUCCCAGAGGUUUUCGUAGGAAAUGCAUUAUGAAGAAGCGCAUUCUCUUUACAAUGGCAAAUCAUAAAUCUUUAUUUUCUCCAGGCUGCGCUCUUCGGGAUGACGAUAAUGGAAGAAUUUGCCCGGAAACCUGGAAAAAAAGAAUUCGGCAAUUCACUCGUAACAUCUGCAGUCAUCCCGCGUGUGAUAGCGCAGCCCUGCCCGCCGUACGAUAGAGUUUUACAGGAUAUGGAUCUCAUUUAAACGGCCACACCUGUGGGCAUCCAUACUUCUUUCCUAAAAAAAGCAAUGUUCAUUUAGUAUAAAUUUAUCGAGAUGGAGACUUUAUUUCUACGUCCUUAUCUUCAUGAAGUGUAUGAUACGUUGGGCGCCAUGACAUGGUUAGACUACCGACAGUGCCCAGAGGUACCUCAGCCAGAGUUGCCAACUGUAGGGAUAUAUCUCUAAACAUGGGGAUUUUUACCUCAAUAUGAAGGGCGUAGGGACAUUUGGAGCCGUGGCCUAGUUCUCUAAAUCGAAGGGUCUCUUGACAUUCGUUGAUAAGCCAUGUAUAUUUAUAAAAGAAAUUGACGGUAUAAAUUCUCAAUCGUAGCAAGUACCAAGUUCCUUUAUCCUUUGUUCACAUAUUAUUUAACUUUUAAUUAUUUACACUGCUCCAUAUAUUGGGCGACAAAAGUGGCUUGCUUCAAAAUGCGAGGAAAUCGAUGCUUUUAAUCUCAUUGAUGAAGGAUUUGCUAUUUUGACACAAUGUAUGCAGCGGCCUAAGGACUCCGGCGUUAUAGUACAUUCUUUGUAUCAGCAUAGGUCUAGGACUCUAGAUCCUCCAUCCAAGUAUACUGUAAAGUGAUGAUUCUGAAUAAAAAAUAUUUGGCGUGUU